AUGUCCGACCGGCAGCGCAGGGCCGAUCAGCCGCCGGGCGGGUCGCGCUGUUGGCCGUGCUGCUGGGCUUGUGCUGCCGGGCGGCGGAGUCGUCGCUACGCCAUCCCCGAGGAGCUGGGCAGAGGGUCGCUGGUGGGGCCGCUGGCGCGGGACCUGGGGCUGAGCCCGGCGGAGCUGCCGGCGCGCAAGCUGCGGAUAGUGUCUGGUGACGAAAAGCAAUACUUCACCCUCGGGGAAGAUAAUACAAAUCUACGGGUAAACGGGAGGAUCGACCGAGAGGGGAUCUGCGGGGCCGUGUCGCCCUGUGUCCUCAGUUUGGAGGCAGUCGUGGAAAAUCCUUUCAAUAUAUUUCAUGUGAGCGUUACUAUCGAGGAUAUCAAUGACAACGCGCCGCAGUUUGACAGAGAAUUUGUUGCCAUAGAAAUGAUCGAGUCCACUCCUCCUGGGGCCAGGUUCCCACUGGGCAAUGGCAAAGACCCUGACAUUGGUGUGAACUCAUUACAAAACUACCAACUAACCCCAAACCCGCUCUUCUCCCUUGUAGUGAGGGAGAGUCCUGAUGGGACGAAACAUGCGGAACUGGUAUUGGAGAAGAGCUUAGAUCGAGAAAAACAGAGAAAUCACCAAUUAGUACUGACAGCGGUGGAUGGCGGGGAUCCAGUACGAUCCGGGACUGCACAGAUUAAGAUUAACGUGACCGACGCAAAUGACAACCCUCCGGUGUUCACCAACGAGAUCUACAAGGUUCGACUGUUGGAAAACCUGCCAGAAGGCACCAUAGCUUUUCAGGUGAAAGCUACUGACCGCGACGAAGGCAUUAAUGCCGAAAUUACCUACUCGUUCAGUGACAUCACAAACAGUGCUCGCCAGCUCUUCACUCUGAACUCCAGGUCAGGGGACGUAAAGAUAACAGGUCCCUUAGACUAUGAGGAAGGGAAAUAUUACGAAGCGAGUGUUGAAGGCAAGGACGGGGGCGGGCUGAGUGCGCACGCCAAAGUGCAAAUAGACAUUCUAGACGUGAAUGACAAUGCGCCAGCCCUUUCCCUCCUGCCUAUCCUGAACCCGAUACCCGAAGACUCGAUCCCAAGCACAGUUGUAGCUGUGAUAAAUGUCCGUGACAGAGACUCGGGCGAUAACGGAGAAGUGAGCUGCAACAUCGACGGCGAUCUGCCUUUCAGACUAGAACCGUCAUCACAGAACACCUAUAAACUAAUAAUAGCCAGUGGCCUGGACAGAGAAAAAGUCUCCGCUUACAAUAUCACCAUCACUGCCAGGGAC